AUGUCGCAGCAUGACGGCGGGCACGCCGGAGUGUACCUAGAAUAUGAGGAUGAUCGUCAGGCCGAACUGGUGGGGGACUCCGACUAUGAGGACGACGAGUACAUCCAAUCCGCUAGUAUGGCCUCACAUGACACAUCGGCCAUAGAUGUCAAAAAAGGAAAGGACAUGCAGGGAAUACCCUGGGAUAGAUUGGACAUCACCAGGGACGCAUAUAGGCAGGAAAGACUGAAACACUAUGACAACAUUGAAAACAUACCUAAUUCAGGAAGAGCAUCGGAGAAGGUAUGUACACCUGUGAAGAAAGGACAGCUGUACUACGAGUUUAAGCAUAACACAAGAUCGGUGAAACCGACCAUUCUUCAUCUUCAGUUGAGAAAUUCAGUAUGGGCAACGGCAAGGCACAAUGUGUAUCUUAUGUCAUACUUUUCUGCGCUUCAUUGGUCACCCCUGACUUCUGAGAAGCAGGAAAUCAUUGAUUUUGAAGGACAUGUUGCACCAUAUGAGAAGCACCAAGGGAAUUUCUAUGAGGGCUUUUAUCAGACUGAAGUUACCACAUUGGCAGUGAAGAAUAACCUGCUGCUUGCUGGUGGAUUUCAUGGAGAACUAAUUUGCAAGGUUUUGGACCGUGAAGGAAUAAGCUAUUGUUGCAAGUUAACACAUGAUGCUGAUGGUAUUACUAAUUAUCUGGAGAUAUUUGGGAAACCUAGUGGUUCUGUGCAUUUCCUGGCUUCAAACAAUGAUUGUGGACUUAGAGACUUUGACGUAGAAAAUUUUCAAAUGUGCAAUCAUUUUCAUUUCAAUUGGGCAGUGAAUCACAUGUCAUUGAGUCCUGAUGGUAAAAUCAUUGCUGUCGUGGGAGACGAUCCUGCUGGUCUUCUGGUUGAUGCUAAUACAGGGAAAAUGAUUCAUGAGCUCCGUGGCCAUUUCGAUUAUUCGUUUGCGUCAGCAUGGAACCCAGAUGGCCGAACAUUCGCGACUGGUAACCAAGACAAGACAUGCAGGAUCUGGGAUGCUCGUAACCUCUCCAAGUCUGUUGCUGUUCUGAGGGGGAACAUCGGAGCCAUAAGGUCGAUCCGCUACACAUCUGACGGGAAGUUCCUUGCGAUGGCUGAACCUGCUGAUUUUAUCCACAUCUUUGAUGUUGAGAGUGGGUACAACAGGAAACAGGAGCUGGACUUCUUUGGUGAGAUCGCUGGCAUGUCGUUCAGUCCUGACACCGAGGUUCUCUUUGUCGGUGUGCAUGAUGCCAACUAUAGCAGCCUCCUCCAGUUCGGUCGGCGACAGUUCUACUCGUACCUUGAUUCAGCUAUAUGA